UAGUGACAGUCGCAUGAUGUCACAAGAGAUCCAGAAGUCCGCUAGCCAUUUACCGAGGAGAUAACCGAAGCAGAAUCGUGCCGAGAAAUCUACAGGGUGGUCUCGUUGGAUAAUUCCAUAAUUUUUUAGAUUUGGAAAUGCAGUUCUCCAGGAAUCGACAUCAGAGGAUUAAUGCAAAACUAACUGGAGAAAGAAAGGGGGAUCAUUACCCGUUCAGCCUUCAGUUCUACCAGCUUCCGCCUACUGAAAAUAUUUCUCUCUCAGAGUUUGAGACGUUCGCUAUUGAGCGACUUAAACUCUUGAAGACCAUAGAAAACCUUGGUAUAAGUUAUGUGAAGGGUUCAGACGAGUACAAUGGAAAACUGCAGAGUGAACUGAAAAAGCUGAAGCUUUUUACUUAUGCUACAAAAGUUGAGAUAGACGACAAAGUCUAUGACGAGCGAAGAAAAGAUCACAUAUCUCACUUUAUAUUGCGCCUUGCAUAUUGCCAGUCGGAAGACUUAAGACGAUGGUUCAUACAACAGGAAAUGGACUUGUUCAAAUUUCGCUUCAGCCUUUUACCAAAAGAAAAAAUCCAAGACAUUCUUAAAUUCAAUGAUAUGGAGUAUGUUGCUAUAAGUGAAGAAGAAAAAAAGUUGCAUCAGGAAGAUCUGAUGAGCUCUACGUUUGGCCUGAGCAAAACUAAACUGGAAGACUGUGAAUUUUACAAAGUUCCCUUUCAAGCUGCCCUUGACUUGGUGCGUCCACGGAAAGUGUUCCUCUCUAAAGGAUAUGCUUUCAUUCCACACAAGGAUAUCAUUACCUUAAUCUUGAAUGACUUCAGGACCAGGCUUUCCAAAGCUCUUGCUUUGUCAGCUCGGUCACUGCCAAUAGUGCAGUCAGAUGAAAGGCUGCAGCCUUUACUCAGUCACCUCAGUCAUUCAUACACUGGGCAAGACUUUAGUUCGCAAAAAAAUGCAGGAAAAAUUUCUCUUGACCAAAUUGAUGCGCUUGCUACAAAAUCAUUUCCCCUCUGCAUGCGUCAAUUGCACAAGUCUUUGAGAGAGCACCAUCACCUUCGUCAUGGUGGACGCAUGCAAUACGGUCUGUUCCUCAAAGGCAUUGGUUUGACACUAGAACAGGCUCUACAGUUCUGGAAGCUGGAAUUUACAAAAGGAAAAGUUGACUCAGAAAAGUUUGACAAAACGUAUUCUUAUUCCAUUCGCCAUAACUAUGGAAAGGAGGGAAAGAGAACUGAUUAUACACCAUACAGUUGCAUGAAAAUAAUUCUGUCAAACCCACCAAGUCAAGGCGACUAUCAUGGUUGUCCUUUCAGACACAGUGACCCUGAGUUGCUGAAGCAGAAAUUGCAAUCAUAUAAGGUUUCCUCCGCGGGAAUAAGUCAGAUAAUGGAGCUGGUAAAGGGUAUGCAUUUCCAGCUUGCAUGCCAGAAAUAUUUUGAAUUAACACACAAUGUUGAUGACUGUGGGUUUUCAUUGAAUCAUCCAAAUCAAUACUUUGCUGAAAGUCAGAAACUGCUUACUGGUGGUCGUGAUGUCAAGAAAGAGCAAGCACCCAUUGAGGGUUCUCAGCCAAAUACCUCAAGCCAGAUCAUUUCUAGUUCAUCCUCAAGUACAAAUGUCACAAAUACACAGUCAGAGGAAAUGGAGGAUUUGGAGCAAAUGUUUAGUGAAUACUGAAAUCAUGGAGCAUCUCCUGCCUUUUCGUCAGUGUGCUCAUGAAUUGUACUUAAGAAAUUUUAGACAAUUUAUUUUAUGUACUGAAAACAAAGAUUUCUCCUAUUUUGUCUUUUGUGUUUAUUUUUCACUAAACAAUAUUACUGGAUUCUUAGAAAACUAUAGGAUGGAGGCUAACAAAUAUCCCUCAGUUCUUUACACGUUGUCAGUGCAGAUAGAGAGACCUUAGGAGGUUUUUCCAUCCCAUUCGAACUACACAAUCAUACUGGCCCACAUUUGUGGCUGUAUCCGAGUACUGGUGUAAUUUGCUUUGGAAUUUCAUACAUUACAUCUUAUUUUAGACAAAUUUUAAAAAGUAAGUAAGCCAAAAAGACUGUGCCUUGCUCCUGGAACUGGAUGGGAAAGUUGAACCAAAGGGUCUAGUCAUACACCAAAUUGAUCAUCUGGGCUGACCUGCUGUGAAGAAUUUCGCUCCUAUUUAGACUGUUUACACGGUCAACAUUUUUGACAGGAUUAGUAAAUUUGCCCCACUAUGUAGAGUUUAGUUUUCUAGCUACUUUUUGCUCUAUCGGCAUUUUGCAUUCUGCCGUCUUAUUUAUACUAUUUCUGAAGUCAUCCACAGCACUCCUAUUGUUUUUUUUUUGUUUUUGUUUUUCUCUC